AUGGGCAGCCCCGGCCCUGAAGAGGGGAUCCAGGGUCCGGAGGGGAGCGUCCGGGGUCCAGGCCGGCCUGCGGGGAGGGAGAAGAAACGGGGGCUGCCAGCGGGUGCCGGGAUGGGCCGGGGCGAUGACCCUCGGCCGGGUGACGCGGAGGGGAAAGGGCUGCCCCGGGCCCGGAGCGUGGGAGCAGAGAAACCUUAUCGCGUCACACCCAACGGCGGCCGCCGUGACGUCACGCCCCCGACCACGCCCCCUCACCCCACGGGCCAAUGGGCGUCGUCGUCGCGCGCGGGCGCGAGACCCCCCUCCCUGGACCACGCCCCCUCGCCCCUCGAACCAAUGGGAGUCGUCGUCACGCGCCCGCGCAUGCGCGAUCCCGCCCCGGGCCACGCCCCCUGCGCACGCGCCCCCUCUCCAGGCCACGCCCCCUCGCCCCACGGGCCAAUGGGCGUCAUCGUCGCCCACGCCCCCUCGCCCUCCCGAGCCGAUGGGCGUCGUCUGCGAGUGCCCCCUCCCCGGGCCACGCCCCCCUGCGCACGCACCCCCCUCUCCCGGCCACGCCCGCUCGCCCCACGGACGAAUGGGCGUCGUUGUCGCGCGCACGCACCCCCUCCCGAAGCCACGCCCCGCCCCUGCGCACGCACCCCCUCUCCAAGCCACGCCCCCUAG